GGAGAGCUACCCAGACAUAGGGCCCUGGCUGGAAAAGGUGAAUCCACCUCCUGGAAUCAGGAUCUGCAGCCUGAGUAAGUUGGAGUUGCCCCAUGUUCAUGUCACCUGGAGAAAAACUGGAUCCUAUUCCUGACAACUUCAUUCUGCAGCCACCCGUCUUCUACCCGGUGGUUCCUUAUGUCACAACAAUUUUUGGUGGCUUGCAUGCAGGCAAGAUGGUCAUGCUACAGGGAAUGGUCCCACUGGAUGCACGCAGGUUUCAGGUGGACUUCCAGUGUGGCUGCAGCCUCCGUCCCCAGCCAGAUAUUGCCAUCCACUUCAACCCUCGCUUCCACACCACCAAGCCCCAUGUCAUCUGCAACACACGGCACGGUGAAUGCUGGCUCACUGAGGCCCGGUGGCCUGGCCUGGCCCUGCAGAGAGGGGCCAGCUUUCUCAUCCUCUUUCUCUUUGAGAAUGAGGAAGUAAAGGUGAGCGUGAAUGGACAGCACUUCCUCCACUACCGCUACCGGCUCCCACUGUCUCGUGUGGAUACCCUAGGCGUAUCUGGUGACAUCCUGGUGACAGUCGUUGGAUUCCUGAACAUCAACCCAUUUGUGGAAGGCAGUAAAGAGUAUCCAGUUGGACACCCUUUCCUGCUGGAGAGCCCCAGGCUGGCAGUGCCCUCCUCUCAUGCUCUUCUCCGGGGUCUCUGGCCUGAGCAGGUCAUCGUAGUACGAGGACUGGUCUUGCAAGAGCCAAAAGACUUCACUCUGAGUCUGAAGGAUGAGGCCGCCCACGCUCUUGUGACACUCAGGGCUUCGUUCACAGACAGAACUCUGGCCUGGAUAUCCCCCUGGGGACGGAGGAAGCUGAUCUCAGCCCCCUUUCUCUUUCACCCUCAACGAUUCUUCGAGGUACUGCUUCUUUGCCAGGGGGGAGGGCUGAAGCUGGCACUCAAUGGGCAGGGGAUAGGGGCCACCAGCCUGGACCAGCAAGCCCUGGAGCAGAUACGGGAGCUUCGGAUCAGUGGAAGUGUCCAACUCUACUGUGUCCACUACUGAGGUGGCUCCAGAAAUCCAGCUAGAAAUGACGAAGGCCACAGUACACCCAAGGCACUGGUGUGGCCCCCUGUCCUCCCUUCAUUAAAUUGUCCAC